AUGGCAGUUCCAGAUACCAUUGUUCCCCCCGGCCUCCCCGAUACCUCCUUUAUGUCCCCGUCUUAUUUCCCAGGAAAGCGUGGCAAGGUGAAACCCCUCAUAAGCAAUGCUGAGGCAUCGGAACAGUGUGGAAAAGUUCAGUUUGAUCCAAAAACGCAUCUUCAGUAUAACCCCCCUUCAAAUAUCCAUUCUAUGAAGGACUUGGGUUAUGAUGAUGAUGCUGGGAUAUCUCCAAUUGGGGUAUCUGAACCGUUCUCGCUAUUCUCGGCCGAGGCUAUUCGCUGCAUGAGGGCAGAAGUGUUGAGCAAAGAGGUAUGGAGUGAGUACCAGUUUUCGAGCAACCUUGCUAUGUGCCAGCUUCGAGGAUUUGCCCCAAAAUAUGCACCAUUCGUGUAUGAUGCAUGGAAGAACCCCGAGACGCUGGCUAUUGUGUCAAAAAUUGCGGGGAUAGAUCUGGUUACUGCCAUGGACUGGGAAAUUGGCCAUGUCAAUAUAUCCGUCCAGACAGAGGAGGAGAAAAACAACGCUCUGGCUGAGGCUGUGGAUGGAGUAGCAGGUACAUAUGAUGAUGAUAUUGCCCCUAUUGUUGACUGGCACACGGACAGUUAUCCGUUUGUUUGCGUGACUAUGUUGAGUGAUUGCACCGAGAUGAUAGGUGGAGAGACAGCACUUCGCACAGGUGACGGCAGUGUUGUGAAAGUGAGAGGGCCACAGAUGGGAUGUGCCGUAGUGCUUCAGGGCAGGUACAUCGAGCAUCGGGCUUUACGAGCACUAGGAACGACUGAGCGCAUCACGAUGGUCACUUCAUUCCGGCCUCGUAGCCCGACGCUUAAGGAUGACACCGUGUUGACAACGGUGCGGCCGAUCUCUGAUCUCUCCGAAUUGUACUUCCAGUUCAGCGAGUAUCGGCUAGAGAUGCUGGAGGAAAGAAUCCGGAGUCAGCUAAAAGAAGCUCGCGAUGCAAGAUACGCUGGCAGGCCUUUCAAUACACAGAAACUGAAGAAAUUCCUUGCAGUCCAGAUUGAGUUCUUAACUCAUAUGAACAACGAGAUUGUUGACAACGAUAAGGUGCAAAAGGGCGUCGCCGAUGACAGCCAUCUGCGAUCAGCGGAUCUGAAGGAGCGCUCAAGAAAACGGGCUCUCGCUACAGUUGCAUAG